ACCAUGAAUAUUUAUGUAUACAUACACCGUUACGUUAAACAGUGAUUAGUUUUAAUUACUGAAGCAUUAAUAGUGUUACCAUUUUAAUUGUUUAAAAUUGAGAAGUAUGAUAUAAAAUUUAAUUAAGUUGUUUCAAAAUUAAACUUUUCUUGCCGGUUCGAAGACAUAACCCUUUAGUGAUAUUUAUCAUUUAGUUUUUUGGAUUCGAUAACACCAUGGCCAAAUCUUUAUUACAACUUUCGAUGACAUUGAAAAAUACCACAAUAUUACCAAAAUAUUUCAGCACUGUCAGAAUGUGUUACGGCAGAAAUGAACUUGCAGAAGUAAAGGGUGAAAGUCAAGGUAAAAUCAGAGGCGCCUCUGUUAGGGAACUGUUUGAUGUUUUACAAAAAGACAUAAAUCCCUCGACCCUUCUGUCAAACAUUGAAGAGAAUAAAAGUUUCGUUGAUGGAAGGCAUGUUGUUACGGCCUUGACUUCGAUGCAUAAAUAUUACAAAGAAAACUCCGUCCCUCCAGAAGAAAUUCAGAAUAGCGUGCAUUUUCAGACGAUAUGUUCUACUCUCAACAGGCACCUUCGAACUCUAGGCACGCCACAGAUACUCCAAGCCAUCAAAAUUUUUAACUUAGUUGGGGUUCCAGCUUCAACUACGAUCAUGCAAUCGCUUCUCCAAUUAUUGAGAAAGUCAAUCAACGACUUGAAUUUGAGUGAUAUUUUUUUCCUUUCGUUUUUAUUGAAAAAGUUGGAAAACAAUCAUCUGAGUGAUGCACUUAAAAUCGCUCUACCAAAAGUAUUUAAAGCACAGUAUAAACUACAACUGGACACGGAUAAUAUUAGAGAACUAACUAGAGCAUUGAGAUUUGCAAGUGAAUAUAUGCAAGACACACAAGUCAUUACAUAUAUUGUCAAUGCCAUUGACGAUUAUCCAGGACCUAUAGAUAUUGAUUCUGCCGUGUACACUUUUUGGUCACUUUCUGAAGUUCAAAGCUUAUCAAACAGACAUUCACGUGUUUUACAUAAAGUGACGAAAGUAAUUGCAGACAAUGUUGAUAUAAUGAAUUUAUUUGAAGUAACAAACAUUCUGGCACAAAUAGUAAAAGGAUCAUGUGGGUCUUCUGAUUUUUACAAACCUGUUCUUAUCGACAAGCUCGUUGACAAAAUGAUUUCCACUGACUGUGCAUUUGAUAAAACGAUUCGGACUCUGAAUAAUUUAAACAAAUUGAGACAUGUCAACUUGAGACUUUUGGAUUAUUUGUCAACCCAGUGCUGUAAAAAUCCAAAAAUUUUAUCCGAAUGUCAUGCUCUAUCUCUGAUGACGUUAUCUGUAGGAUUUGCACAAGCCAAUUAUAAGCCAAAAAAAUGGAACGCAUUAGCUAAACUACUUGUUAAAAAUCACGAGCGAUUGUUACUGAAUAUUGAAAAUUUGUGUUAUUAUGCAGUUAAUUUGGUAUCAUUGGAUCUCUUUGAUUCAAGUAUCUUUGCAAAUAUUUUUAGACAAGGUCGCAAUCAUGAACUAUUCAAAAAUAUUCUGGGUAAUAAAUUAAAAAAAUUAUACAUUAGUGUAAAAUAUUUAUGCCCAGAAUAUUCUGGUCCGUGGCCUUCCGAUGAAGUAAUACAAUCUUUUAAAUGUGCAUCAAUAACCGAGUACAGGAAGCCAGAUGAUUAUCCAUUGCUUCCAGCUCUAGAAAACUUACUGAAAAAUCCAUCCUAUAUAAAAACUGAUUUGACGACCGAAGAAGGAAUUUACAUCGNGAAAAUCCCGCAACGCCGGUUGUUGGAUUACACGACGACCAACGCGUCAGCUGGACUUUCUAAUAAUUUACAAUUUUGGCUCCCUAGAAGACCUGUUGAAUUUAACUUUAUCGAAUCCGGAGAUUCAAAUGCCACUAUUAACAUAGAAGACUUGAAUAUUCCGAAAGAGUUGACGCGAGUUGCCGUCCUACUAUUACCACCUGAGGUUUAUGGCAAGAACGUACAAAUACUACAAGCACCCGUUUCUUUGAAUAUAAAAUUAUUGGAGGCUCUGUCGUACGAAGUAGUAGCUGUAUCCCAGGAAGUGUGGAAUCGCAUGCCGGAAAAUGAAUUAGUUCCUUAUUUGAAAAGUUUACUUUGCAUCGAAACGGAAGCAUCGCAAGCCAAAGUUUGUGACAGGUAG